AUGAAUCGAAGAUGUCUUAUUUGGUCGCUGGCAGCAGCUUUAAUUGUACUGGUCAUCAUCGCAAUCACAGUGACCCUAAUACUGGUUCUUCGGAAGCAUCACAAGAAAUCGGAUGAAAAAUCGGAUGGACAGUCAUUGAAUGAAAUCAUCUCGGAAAACUCGACCUUUCCCGAUGGCAGCUACCAGUUUUCUGUGAGUGAUCUGAAAACUGGGACUCUCGACGAAUCGCCGGAUGUUUUGCCGAUUUGGAUGCUGAAAAUGCUAAAUCUGGCCGUGGACGACUCGUCGAUGGUCGCCGAAACGAACCGACUCAGCUAUUUGUUUGUUCGACUGACACCCACUAACAACACGAGUGACACAAGAACCAAGCGACAGACCACGACCGAUGACAAGGCUAUUGGAGUUCGCUUUGGAGACUCGGACACAAUUCACAUAAUUCCAAGAAACCUGACCUCAAUCUACAACUCGGGUCUCAGCUUUAUAGGCACUUUGCCAGACGGAAGUCAGGUUUUUCAAAUCCAAGUGCGGAUGGGCGAUGCGAUGUGCUCGAAACAAGACUAUGGGUCUUGCUUAGGGGCCAAGUGGACGCCGUACUCGAUCGAGAAUGGGGACGCGGUUGUGGGAUCGGCUGCCCAAUUCGACAACGAUCUCCCGGUUGCCUGUGGAUCUCAGUGUGACGCGAAGAGUGACUCCCCUUGCGCCACGUCCUCUUGCUCACAGUGUGAUGGCCAGCAAGUGGCCGGCGCCAACACUCCCGUCACUCGUCGAUACAAUAUGGGCACCAAACAGGCGGCAAAUCUUCAAUUUCUGUAUGAAACGUUCUCCGUACCCGAUCGUAUCACUGUCACCUAUGAGGGCGAUGAGAUAUUCGACAGCGGCUGCGUUGGCACAGAAGGAGAAAGGACGACGCCGAUCGGUUUCGAUGGGAACUCUAUGGAAGUCCGUGUUGAUGUCGAGCCGAACUGUGACGGGACAACAAGCACUGCCUGGUACUUCACUCUGCCGUGCGUUGACGGCCCACCGACCACCCCACCGCAGCCCAACACGACGAGCCCGAUUCCUUCGACCACUUCUGGUGACUGCCGAAACCGACAGUGUUCCGAGUACAAGUGCCUCGACGACACAAGAGCUCACUGUGGUCCAAGCGGAUACUUACUUAGCUUUGGAUACAAAUACUGCAACAGUUUCAUCGACCACACCAACCUUUUCACUCCCGCAGGCAAAAGGUUCUUCGAGUGUGUUCGACCGAGGCUGAUGGAGUACAUCGAGGGUUACUUGGAUAGUGCUGGAGACUCGGUGAAUUGCGACGAUCUGAAGCUGAAAGCCUUCGACAGCCACAUCCCGAUAUUCAGAGAUUGCGACUAUUGUGACAUGAUUUUCCUGAACGCUCCCCAAUUUCUGAAAGAGGCCUGCGAUCUGAUGGCAAUGUUCCCGCGGCCGCUGCUGCGGGCAUGUUCUAUGGGCAGCCAAUGCUUACUUAUACUAUUUGUGUUGCCACGUGCAACGCACUUUGUCGUUGAA